AUGUCUUUCUCCCAGCCACUGGCCUCGGCCAAGAUUCGCCUACCUCAUCCUUAUUUGACCACGUACAACGUGGUACCCUCCAGCAAUGAUGUGAAUGAAAUUAAGUCAUUCCAGUUGCGCAAGGCCGACAAUGCCCAGGAAGCGCAGGCAUUCCCCCAGGCAUUGCACAAUGACCAGCUCUUCUUCACGGCCCCCAACCCCGUGAAGUUAGAGAAUGCCCCGCCAACCUCCAACAACACCGCCUGGGCUCGCGCGCAAAGAAGUCCCUCAGCCAUAGCAAGCUGGGAGAGCCAAACCACGCCCACAGUAGGCCAAAUCUGGCUCUACCUUUACACAAUCUUCACGGUACAAGAAGAAAUCGAAAGCUUCCGUCUCGAGCUCCGAGGCCCGCACGCAGACACCGUGGCGCAUGCGCUGCGCCUAUCAAUGGUUGCCAUUGACCACCCGCGCCCAGUCAGCACCUCGACAGCCUUCACCCCCACUCCCAAUGAGAUCCUCGUUCUCCGCAGCGCCUUCUGGCAGGGCUGUGGCUCUCCAUUGGGAUCCCAGCCUAUCUGGCUUCCAUCCUGGAACCCCGCCGCUGCAGUCCCUCACCUCGACUGGACCAUGACUUCAACGGAAACCAUGCACAGACGCCACCCGCGCCGUAACCCUAAGCCGACUCCCGGCGAGGUCGUGUACAGUCGCUAUAUCCCCUUCUUGGAUGAGCACUUCUCCCUCGUCGCUUUAGAUUACCGCAACCCGGCCCACCUCAACCUCUUUCACACUUGGCAAAAUGACCCGCGCGUUGCGCAGGGCUGGAAAGAGACUGGUACGCUGGACGAGCACCGCGAGUAUCUGCGCCGACAGGAUGAAGACCCCCACACGUUGACCGUGCUGGGUCAUUUCAAUGAUACGCCUUUCUCGUACUAUGAGAUCUUCUGGGCCAAGGAGGAUAAUGUUGGCGCGCAUUACUCUUCUGGCAACUUUGACCGCGGCCGGCACACGCUUGUCGGCAACGAUGCGUUCCGUGGCCCCCAUCGUGUUAUGGCUUGGUGGCCUAGUAUGAUUCACUACUGCUUCCUUGAUGAUCACCGGACAGAGAAUAUCAUUGGUGAGCCUAUGAGCACUAAUGAUAAGGUUCUCACUUAUGAUUACACUUUUGGUUUGCAUCAGGAUCAGCUUAUUGAUUUGCCUCAUAAGCGUGCUAGUUUGGUGAAGUCUACCCGUGAGCGAUUCUUCCAGCUUUGUCCAUUUAACCAGGGCAGUCCGCACAUUGCGGGUACGGGGCUGGGCUUUAAGCCUCGCUUGUAA